UUUCCAUGGCGACGCGGCACUAGGCCGGGGCUGCCCGGCCACCGAGGGGAGGAGCAGCGGCAGCAGCUGCGGCGACAUGAACACAACAGGGGCGGCGGCCGGGCAGCCGCCCCCCAGCUCGGAGACCCCGAGCUCCCGGAGCGCACAGCGCCCGCGCCAUCGCACGUCCGCGGCCCUCCACCCCCUGGGGCAUCAGGCGGCGCAGCUCGGGGUCGGCGAGGCGCAGAAGCGGGUACUGGACCUGGAGAAGAGCCUGCAGUUCCUGCAGCAGCAGCACUCGGAGACGCUAGUCAAACUCCACGAGGAGAUUGAUCACCUGAAGCGGGAGAACAAGGAGCUCCAUUACAAGCUAAUAAUGAACCAGAAGUCGAUUAAGAGAGGUAGCAUCACCAAUUCCAACUUUCAGGCCGUCAAGCCCAUUCCAAACUCAGUGAUGUCAGCCAGCUCUCAAAACAAGGCCAGGGCUCAGCCCAGCUCCAAGAAGACAGACUCAAAAACGGAUGCUUCCCAGAAGACGGACCUGGAAGAGAAGACUUCGGCUGCUGCCCUGCUUCACAGCAGCAAGUUGGACAAAGCCCCCGUGGCACAGAGGCCCUCCAGAGAUGAAGUGGAGACCUUUAAUCCAGACGCCACCUGGGUGGCAGGCAGCCAGCACAAGAGCAAGCAGGUGAUGGGGGUGCCCCGCCUGAUGAACCUGCCCCCCCACUUGCGCAAACCCACCUCACUCCAGCAGUGUGAAGUGGUCAUCCGCCAGCUGUGGAAUGCCAACCUCCUGCAGGCCCAAGAGGUGAGGCUCGGGUGGUGGGGCGCAGCCCUGGCGGCUCUGCAGCCUUGGCCGCCAUGCCUUCUCCCUGUCUUCCAGCUGCAGCAUCUCAAGUCUCUCCUGGAAAGGACCCGGAAGUCAUCCCGGGCUGCCUCCGAGGAGGCGGCCCCGAGCUCUCCCAAUGACCAGGAAGCUAUGCAGCUCUCCAAGGUCCCCACCAAGGGUGUCUCUAGGAAAUGCCUGAUCCUGAGCCCGAUUCCCGUGUCAGAGCGCGCCAUCCUGCCCGCACUGAAGCAGACCCUGAAGAAUAACUUUGCAGAGCGGCAGAAACGGCUGCAGGUGGUGCAGAGCCGGCGGCUGCACCGCUCCGUGCUCUGAGCGCCUGCCCUGAGCAGCCUGCACCGUGGUCCCGGCCAGGCCCAGGUCACAGCUGGGGACACUCACCCUCUCUAGGCAGCAUCCAAAAAAAAAAAAAAAAAAUCCACAUAAACCAAAAUCACAGCAGAUAAAGUCCUUGGUCUGAGAACUGAAAAACGUUUAUUUUCUUGCUCAGUAUUUUGCUAUUCUGCAUUUACACAAGAGCGUGUUAAAAGUAUUACUUCACCUGUUGAAGAAUAAAGCUUGUUUCUCCCAGUCCCGAGUCUAGUCCCUCGCUGGCUGUCAGGCGCUGCUGCCCGGGAGGCCCCCAGCUCUGCGCCCUAUAAUGGGGAGCGGGGGAGACGGCGCUGGCGGCUGCCCUGGAAACAAGCUUCGUGUGCACCCCUUAUUGGAUUCAGGGCCUUUCCUGCCUGAGCUGCCUUCUGGGCACAGGCACUCGGGUCUGCUUGACCAGACACUCCUCAGGGCAAGACGAUGUCCACCUACCUCGGCAACAUCUGUGUCCACACCGACAUCGGCGAUGAGCCACACUGCUGAGCCCAGCGUCCUCCGUGAAGGGCCAUAGUCAAGGCCCCAGGAGAAUGGUCCUCUGCAGGGUGCUGGGCCUACCCCGUGAUGUCCCCACCCCCUGAGGGCCUCACAUCUACCCCUCAAUCGCCAGAACAGCAGCUUCCUCUUACAUCUCGUGGGUGUUUCUCAGGGCUAAUCUCUGCCUCCUCCAGCUUCAGGGAACAGGGACUUUGCCAGAAACCUGGAGGUGAACCAGGAUGAG